AUUUCCUUGCACCGACUGCCAAUUUGCACCGACUAUUCGAGUUUCCUUUGGUUACUUUUCCAUUCAUCUCCUUCCUAACGAAGGCUUAAACUAGCGUACACAGAAAUUCUCUCACUAGAAGUCUUUCUCACUCUCUCUUUGUUCGCGGCCUGCAUAACUCACCGAUCAUGCCUCACAAAAAUUCUGGAGGAAAACCUGCUCCUCAGGCUGCUGCACGCCCUGCACCAGCACGCAAACCACCACCCCAACCAGUUAACCGUGCUCCUCCUCCAGCCCCUGUCCAGAGUAGUGGUAGUGGUGGAUCAUUGCUUGGAAACAUAGUUCAGGGCAUGGCUUAUGGCGCUGGAAAUGCUAUGGCACAGAGAACUAUAGAUGCUGUGUUGGGUCCUCGUACAAUUCAACAUGAAACUGUGGACCCAGCACCCGCAGCAAGCAAUAUGGAUACAGUUUUAAAAAUCCUGGGUUAUGGCAUUGAGGCAUUGAAAUAUGUAAUGAGUGAAACAGAAACCCCAAACUCAAAAAAACAGUCCAAUUCUAGUCACAAUAAUGAAAGAAGCGCGCCUCAGGGGCGAGGAAAAGGCAGAAGCGAUGGUACCUCAAAUGGCCAAAAGUGGGCAACAAAUGGGAGGCGCAGCAAGCCGCACUCGGGCAAACCAAGCCACAAGGGCACGUCUUAACUAUGAUAGCCUUCUGAGGCAGGGACUGAAAAAAAAGAGUGAAGAAGGGUUCUUCCCUUGAAGGCUAUAUUUGGAUGUUUACUGUAUUUACGUAAGACAAGCAUCUGAGUGGCAAAUUGUGAUGAUGAUGACAAAUGUUUCCUUUGUGAGUGGUGGUGGGCUAAACGUUAUGAUAGACUGUUAUUUUCUGUUACUGGAAUCUGGCCCUUGAGUUUAAGGCAUUGCACCUGUUAUUUCUAA